AAAUUAUUGUUAUGGAUGUCUCGAGAGUCAAUGUUAAACGUGCUCCUUGUGCUCUAUGCACCACCAAAAACAAACGCUGUCCCAAAAAAUGUGAUUUUGCACCAUAUUUUCCUGCCGAAAGAAAAGGUGAAUAUGAAAAUGCACAUAAGUUAUUUGGUACGUCAAAUAUUAUUAAGAUGAUGAGGUUCGCGUCCAAAGACAAACAAAGAGACAUGUUGGCAUCGUCCAUACUCAUGGAAGGUGACGCUUGGAAAAAAGAUCCAGCGAGAGGUGGAUUUGGAAUGAUCCAAAAAUUAAAGUGGCAAAUUGAAUUACGCAAAAUCUACCUCAAUGAACUAAAGGAGAAGAUUAAAGUUGAAAAAGAAAAAACAGAGCUCCGUCUUUAAA